UAAGACCUUCUGACUGUGUCUGCUGGUUGCUGUGCUGCCGCCAAGGCUUCAGUCUGCUGGGGAGGGACUAUGGGGAGAAAGAGGAGGAAGAGUCGUUCGAAUUGCGCCACAAAGACGACCUGACUCCCAACGGACAGAGUCCGUCCGAGGUGAUUCAUGUUUCUCAACCGACUCGUACAGCCAAUGGGACAAACGGAGUGCGCGUGUCAGACGUGGCGGAUGAGAUGAGGAGCCUCAUCAUGGAGAAGAGCAAGAUGUCUCUGGAGGAAGAACCUGAAAUUCUAGUCAAAGGUUGGCUGCUGCGUGAGGUGCGAGGCAACUGGAUCAAGCAGCGGCGCUUCUGGUUCGUGCUGAGCCAAGACUCCCUGGACUACUACAGCGGGCCGGAGAAGGGAGCUCGCAGACUGGGAACCCUGGUCCUCACCAGCCUCUGCUCCGUCAUCUGGCCAGACAAGCAGACCUUCAAGGAGACGGGCUCGUGGUGCAUCACGGUGUACGGGCGCAAGCACUGCUACCGGCUGUUCACCAAGCACUUCAACGAGGCCGUGCACUGGGCCUGCGCCGUCCAGAAAAUCAUCGACACCAAAGCGCCCGUGGAGACGCCGACCCAGCUCCUGAUCCAGGACAUCGAGGAGAACAAGUUCAACCCGGAGGCGGUGGAGCACAUCUACCAGCACAACGCCAUCCUGAAGUACACCCAGGGCCCGCUCUACGCCCCCCUGCUGCCUUUCCCCUACGCCGGCUUGGAGCACACAUACCACAACGGCAAAGGCUACGGCUCGCUGCGGGAAGAGUCCGUCAAGCUCUUCUACUGCCUGCAGCAGUUGGAGUCGUCGCGGGACCCCGUCCCCAUCAUCCAGGGCGUGCUGCAGACCUGCCUGGACCUGCGGCCCCUGCGCGACGAGGUCUACUGCCAGCUGGUGAAGCAGACCAGCCACACGCCCGCCCCCUACACCGCCGCCCACCUGCGCUACUGGCAGCUGCUCACCUGCAUGAGCUGCACCUUCCUGCCCGGCGCCACCGUCCUGAAGUACCUGAGGUUCCACCUCAAGAGGAUCCAGAACCAGAGCCCCGAUUCCGAGAUGGACAACUACGCGUCCUUCAUCAGCGAGUCCCUGGACAAGACCAAGUGUCGCGAGUGUGUUCCGUCCUGGGAGGAGAUCCAGAGGCUGAUGAGCCGGCAGGAGAUGCUGUGCACGGUGCACUACCCUGGACCCGGGUCCUGCCAGCUCUACAUCAGCUCCCACACCACCGCCAACGAGGUGGUGCACAGGAUGCAGCACCGGCUGGGCUUGAAAGACAGCAAGAACACUUUCGCUUUGUACCAGCACACCCCGCUGUGGGAGCAGCCCGUGUCGGGCGGCGCGCUCAUGGCCGACAUCCUCACCAGCAUCUCCAGCAAAGAGUCCAAAGGUCAGCUGAAACUGUGCUUCAAACUCUACUGCCUGCUGGACGCUGACAGCAUCUCUGUGGACAGCAUGGAGUAUCUCUUCCUCUUUGAGCAGUGCCACGAGAUGGUCGUGCGCGGACAACUUCCUGCCUGCGAGGACGACCUCCAGACGUUGGCGGCCCUCCGGCUCCAGUCCCUCAGGGGGGACUUCGGCACCCACGUGCCCUGCCCGCCAUUGGACCAACUCUUUCCCGGCCACACGCUGGAGGCCCGCGUCCUGGUGGCCUUGUCCGCCCCGCAGACGCCGCCUUCCUGCCAGGUGGGCGGCCCCGCCUCGCAGCGCUUCCCCACGGGGCUCCUGACGGGGGCGCUGUGGAACCACACGGCCACGGCGGCCCACAAGCAGAAGGUGGAGAGCGACCUGCGCCUGAGGAGCCGCGUGAAGGAGGAGGCGGCAGCCGUCAUGGCGUCCAUCCUGGAGCGCUGGAGGGGUCUGACCGGGUACCACCGCAGAGACAGUAUGGCCGCCUACCUCGCCAUCGCACGCCAGUGGUCCGGCUUUGGAUGCACGCUCUACGAAGUCGACUUUUAUAUUAGUUCGGCGGAGACUUUCUCCCAGAAGGUGUGGUUGGGCGUGGCGGCCACCUGCGUGUCUUUGUAUCGUCAGGGAGAAGCCGAGGCCUUGGAGUCCUUUCCUUACGGCCAAAUCUGCUCUUACGGCGUUUCUGACAGCAACACCUUCAAGAUCUCUGCUGCCGGGGGCCGGGACCUCUUCUUUGAGACCACCAAGCUGAGUGAGAUCAUGCAGUUGAUGAACGCCUACUUCCACGCCGUCCGCCUCCAGCGAGGCAAAGGCGACGACUUCAAGAUCUCAGACGGCAGCGACCUUGCUUUCCACCACGCGCCUACGCCCGCCUUACUGGAGCUGCCCUCACAUCCUGUCUGACAUGACAGCCAGCAGUCUUGCUCUUCAUCCUGGACUAAAGGACAUGUGGUGUCCUGAGAACUCUGCAGGCCAGGUGACCCGCGCGCACACACACGAGUUGGCGGACAUCUUCCCUCCUCUCCUGCGGCGAGUCAUGUGACUUUGCGGACAUUAAGCGACGUCGUCAUGGAGACUGAUGUCAGGUCCCGCUUUUACGAACCCUUUUUUUUCCUCCUUGCUCUUUUUUUUUUUUUUUUUGCCUGAUGACAUCACCGCUCUUCCACCCCAAUCUACAGCCACUUCAUUAGGUACACCUGAAUGAGGGCCAAUACAAAAAAUGUAGUCAUUUGUUAUUAUAGCUAAAUGAUUUAUUUAUAAAAAUAUAUUUAAAUAAGUGUAGUAUUACAUUAUUAUGAUUUAAUAUUAAUACACAUAUUGUUAAAUGAAUAUAUUUACUUUUGUAUUGGCUCUCAUCAGUCGCUGUUGCCCGCCCUCGAAUUAGCUCCAGUAUUUCAUUUUUGUAAUGCUUUAAAAAAUAAUCCAAAUAUUUAUGUCUUAAUAAUGCAGACUCACUAAGAUUACUUCUUUUUUUUAACCUUAAAGUAGUGCAGACUUAGUCCUAGAAUCCAUUUGUAAAUCACCUAAUUGGACAUUUACUUCAAAUAUGAAUCAUGUCAGUUGUGAAAGCUUUAUUUGUUUUGUCCUAAUUAACCCAAAAAUGUUUUUUACACACAUCAUCGUACGAUUAUAGUGUCCAAAGGAAAAGUGAAUAUGACGCUUGAUAUUUGGGGGGAAAAAAAUAUUUUUUUAAUGUACAAAGCUAAAGUUUUGCAGUGGAUAAGUUCCCACAUGGACCAAAGAUAUUUCUACCCCCUCACUAGUUUUUCUUUUAAGAGAAUGAAAGCAUUAUUAGUGGUGCUACCUGCACAUGUGAUCCACAUCUUUUCCCUUUGGCUUCUCCUCCGACUGCAGCUGCAGGCAGCUCCUGAUCGUACGUUGUAGCAAAAACAAACACCCCCCCCAAAAAGAGUCAGUUUUGAAGCUUUUUGUACGCUGCAUGGUACCUUUUUCUGUUCUGUGUAUACUUUAUUGCACUAUUGUUUUAUUUUGAAACUAACUUGAAAGUGCAAUAAGACAAAUACUGUAAUUAAUAAAACAUUU